AUGAAGAAGAUAUUGUUGUUGUGUUUCAUCCAUGGCUUCAAGGGGGGUGAAGAUACCUUCGGCGAGAAAUCCGAGUUUGCGCAACACCUUGGAGCUUUAGUCGGCGCAGCGCUUCCAAAGGUCUCUGUUCGCGCUAUCACAUACCCACGAUAUGAAACUCGCGGUGACCUACACGAGUGCGUGGCUCGCUUCCGCGACUGGCUUAUGAACCAAGUAAUCGACCUCGAAGUCGCCAACAACACACCCUCACCAACCGUCGACCCCUCCGUCCAUGUAAUCCUGAUAGGGCACUCUAUGGGUGGCAUUGUCGCCGCCGAAACCGCUAUCGGUAUUUCCUCCGACCUACCCGUGGGUCAAGAACCCGACGACAACGAUAGUCUUGCGACAAACCUCGGCGAUUCGAUUAUAAGCAGCGGUCUUAUGUUCCCGUAUAUACAGGGUGUCCUCGCAUUCGAUACCCCAUACCUAGGCAUUUCACCCGGCGUCGUAGCGCAUGGUGCUGAAGGCCAUUACAAUAGCGCAUCUGCGGCCCUGACCCAACUUUCUGGUCUGUCGAAUAUUUUCUGGGGGAACUAUAACCAAGCCUCUGGGAGCAAUGGUAAGAAACCAACUGGUGCGCUACCUGCCCCGGAACCAGAGCCGGAGAAGAAGAGGCGGGAAAGUACCGGAAGUGGUAAUUGGGGAUGGGGCCGCAUUGCCGUGAUGGCCGGCGCGGCAGGUGCGAUCGCUGCCGGUGGAGCAGCUGCUUAUAUGAACCGCGACCAAAUCGGUUCUGGAUGGACGUGGGUGAGCUCACACUUAGAAUUUGUAGGGUGUCUAGCCAGAGGCGCGGAAUUACGGGAUCGUGUAGCGCACAUGGUGCGGCUGGAGAAAGAGAUGGGUGUUGGGUUUGCGAACCUAUAUACGCGAUUAGGGCGUGCGGCAGCGGCUAAGCAAGUCAGCAUGGUGGGCACCGUGAUGGGCAAUCAGCGUACCUUUUGCAACUUACCUGCGCGACGUACAGGUGGUAUGUGGUUGGAAGCUAUAAAUGACAAGGCAAAGGACGAAACGGGCGCUCAUAUGGCCAUGUUUGAACCUGCGCAAAACCCGGGAUACCGUAAGUUAUCUGAAGACGCGAAGAAUCUGAUUGUGAAGUGGUCACGGAAUGAGUGGUACGAAUCAAGUGGACGAAAGGAAAUCGAAUAG